CGUUGGUGAAAUCACUCUUUACUGUUGUUGGUGCGAAGAUGGUGCAAUUUUACGAGGUUUAUGACGAUCUUGAGGAAAAAAUUGCGCAAAAUUUCGGCCGAACCAAAGAAAUGUUUGAUGAUGAUUGCAAAACGGUCCAAGAGUGGAUGAAAAGUCAACCACAUUUGCCUGAAAUUAUGGAUUUAAACUGUAUCAAAAAUUAUCUGAUUUAUAACAAAUGUAGUGUGGAAAUUACUAAACAGAAAAUCGAUUUGUACUACACUGUGUUGCCCAAAAUGCUUUCAUUAUUUGAUAAUGUUAAUCCCAGAUUGCCCAAUAUGAGAAAAGUUAUGGACGCAUUAUACUUUUUGCCUUUGCCAAAAUUGACUCCAGACUUGAGCCGUGUCUACAUUUAUAAAAUAAGAGACCCCAAACUGAGUUUAGAACUCUCUGCAUAUGACACAUCAGCCCAUAUAAUUUUUUAUGGCGAAAUUCAUCACCACGAAAGUCUUCAGUUGAGCCACACUUUCAUUCUUGAUUGCUCAAAUUUUGCUCCUGAACAUUUUAAAAACUUUGUUCCCAGUCUUUUCCAAAAAAUGAUGGUGUUUUAUAAAAAAACUUUAAAACUUAGAGUAAAAAAUGUCUAUGUGGUGAAUUUGUCAGCAUUUGCAUUUAAAGUAUUCGAAAUGUGUAAGGUUUUUCUCGGUUCUAAAAUAGUGAAAAAAGUAUGUUUUUGCGACAAUUUAGUAGAGUUGUGCGAUAAAAUCCCCAAAAAUGUGCUUCCGGUGGAUUUCGGAGGGGAGGAGAAAUCACUCGAGGAAAUCAAUGAUUUGUUGAAACUCAAAUAUUUGGAAUAUCAGGACCGGUUCGACCAAGUCGAAGCCAUGAAAGUAGCCAAAAAUUUGCGCCCCUACAAAUUGGAUAAUGACGAUUUUUUGGGUUUUUAUGGCAAUUUCAAGAAACUUGAAUUGGAUUGAAUAAAAUUUUA